AUGGUAACCAGUUCACCCAACUUCCUGUGUUACAUUUUAACCUGUCCGGGCUGUGAAAGACGGCAGCUCGGGGGAUAGUUUUAAUAGUGGCUCUGCUGUUUUCCGGCGAUCGCUGCGGUUGUUGUGGUGUAAGCACUUCGGUGAAGUUUCGUUUCUUGGUGUUUUUCCUCCGGUGAAAAUCGAUGGAGAAGCUGCGGAGAGUUCUGAGCGGCCAGGACGAUGAGGAACAAGGUCUGACGGCGCAGGUCCUCGAUUCAACAUCACUCAGCUUUGGGACAAGGGUGAAGUGGUUUGCAAUUUGCUUUGUCGUUGGAGUUUGCUUUUCAAUUCUUGGAACAGUUUUGCUGUGGCUUCCAGGUGGACUCAAAUUAUUUGCAGUGUUUUAUACAUUAGGAAAUAUUGCUGCUCUUGCCAGCACCUGCUUUCUCAUGGGCCCAUUGAAGCAACUGAAGAAGAUGGUUGAUCCGAACCGUUUGUUUGCCACUAUUAUUAUGUUGAUUUUGCUUCACUCCUCUCUUUGUUCUAAUUGUUUUGAUGAGGGUGGAGGCCAACGUUCCUGCCAAGCUGCACAGUUGUUGGAUGGUUCCAUGCAUGCUGAUCACUAUGCUGACACAUUAGCUUCUGCUUUCAAAAGGCACUGUUGCACACACCUCCGAGGUUUACACAACUGGAUAAAACUGUUGGCUGUGCUCAGGCUCUUCAAGUCACAGACCACACUGGGUAGCACCAUGGUAAUGUGUGUUUCUCCAAUUUUGACCAUCUGAAAUCACCAUUGGCAGCCAUACUUUCAGGUUACAAGGCCUCAAGUUUUGGAAUUCUUUCCUAAGCCCCUAUUCUUCACUGUCCUCCUUUGAAGCAGACCUUAAAACCUACCUCUUUGACAGCUGCUCUCUAUGGAUGUAAUAUCUUCAUCUGAGUGUCAAGUUCCGUUUGAGAGCUAUCUCGUGAAGCAGCUUUAGUAUAUUCACCUGCUUGGUACCUCCCCAAGCUACGCAUUCUUUUAUUUUCUUUUGCUUGAGAACUGCUGUUUGCUUUUAGACAAAAUGUAAAUUUUUGUCCUCGUGGGAUUGUGUUCAAGUAAUGACUGAAAUAGCUGAGUGGCGAAAAUAGCCUACUCGGCAACUUCAGUAGCACAAAUUCAAGGCAGCAAUAGAGUCCCGAAAUACAGUUCUUACAAGAGUC